AUGGCCACCCACCAACUCGCCAUUGCAAAGGCUUCGUUUUCGGCUGCGCUUCUGCGCCCGGAUCCUGCUUCUCUGGGGCGCGACGACAUUUCAUCCUUUCACGCUUUACUAGAUAGCGCUCUAUCGCAUUGCUCGCGUACCAACGUCCAGACUUGCAAGGAAUGGCUGCUCCGUCAUGUUGUUGCCUCGUCCAACAGAGCAGCCGGCCUGGGGAAGUACCUGUCCGCUUUGUCGGCAUCUUUCGACACGGCGUCAGCCAAGGAACAGCCGGCCUCGUUAAAGCCCGCUGGUCCGGGGACCUCGGGGAAACGAAGAAGGCUCCAUAUUUUAUACUUGCUUAACGAUAUUUUGCAUCAUACAAAGUAUCAUACCAAUGAAGGGGUGAGCGCGUUUGUCAACUUUAGCAGCGCCCUGCAGCCCCAUGCUAUCGAACUGGUGGGUUUUGCUGCAUCGUUCGAUCGCAAAAAGAACCCGAAACACCACCGGAGAUUAGAUCAGCUACUAGAUGCCUGGUACGAUCAUGGAUACUACAGCGCCGAAUAUCUCAACAAACUACGGGAAUUGGUCCGAAAUGCGGAGUCGGUGGAUAUGAUAAAAGCAUCUGUCGGUCUGUCAGAGGGGGCUGGGCAGGCUCAGACGCAAGUGUCUCGAAGAGAAGCGCCGUAUAUUAUGCCCGCUAGUCAUGGUGACCCGUCAACACCAUAUUAUGAUCUACCUGCCGGAAAUUUUGUCCCGCACAUUAUCCCGGAUUCGACUACUCCGAUUCGACCAGAUACCGUCAAACCGUUGCAAUUUUUAGCUGGCCCAGCUGACCAGAAACUUGUUGGUAUAAUGAAGGAAUUUUUCCAGGAUGUGGACCAGAUCUAUAGGUCGAACGAAUCAGAAGUUUCCGACAAUGCCCAUGCUGAAAUUGACGAGCUCGGACAGGCCGUUGUUCGGGAUGAGAAAAGUGGCGAAAUCAUCGAUGGAGACACUUACUACGGAUGGUCACGGGACUUUUGUCUACAAAUGAAAAGAAGGAAAGCGAAGAGAAUAUAUUCACAGAGUCGCAGCCAUAGCCCUGGUGUAAACGUGCGCAGCCGCAGACGUCGAUACAGUGACAGCAACAGCCGAGAUUAUGAUUCUCGUUCCCCUGAACGGAGGUCCAGAUCGCCAUCAAGUAAUGCUUCAGGCGAAGGCUACCGGCCGCGAUCCGGUGCACAAACCCGUUCACGUUCACGAUCACGGUCUAAUUCGUACUCUCCAAGACCGGCGUCGCCGCCACAGUCGUUUCCAAAUUCACAGCAAAUUUUUCAACCUCCUACCCCGCCAUCUCUUCCACCGAAUCCUGCUUACUCACUGAAUGGUCCUCCAUCCUUUCCACCUCAAUAUUCAGUGAAUCUUCCGCCGCCACCUCCCUUGAAUUACAACGCUCCGUGGCCGACACCGCAUGUACCUCCCCCGCCUCUGUUUCCCCCAGGCGGCCAACAUGUAGUACCACCGGGUAUUGCCAACUUCCCUCAGCAGUAUCAGCCUCCAGCGAACCAAGCAAAUCAGUACGGUCGACCGGGACAACAACCCAUGAGUGCCUUUCCUCCACCGUGGCAAGGUGGUGGGCACCCUGGUGGUUACGGCCAAAGUGGACAUAGGUGA